AUGAAGUAUUCCAUUACUGCUGGUUUUGUUUCAGCUGGCACUUUGUUGCUCUAUGCAUUACCAGGCGUUGCAGCGACCUGCGAUCUUCCGUCGACCUACAGUUGGACAUCCACCAAUGCACUAGCAGAGCCCAGUUCAAACUGGGUGUCCUUGAAAGACUUCACCAACGUUGUCUACAACGGCCAGCAUCUUGUAUAUGGGUCAAUCGUUACAUCUGAUGGAAAUUAUGGCUCGAUGAACUUCGGUCUCUUCUCAGACUGGUCUAACAUGGCCUCGGCGAAACAAACCGCAAUGACCCACUCGACUGUUGCACCCACCCUCUUUUACUUUGCGCCAAAGAGCAUCUGGGUUCUGGCCUACCAAUGGGGUUCAACCGCGUUCUCUUAUCGAACAUCCAGCGAUCCCACCAACGCCAAUGGAUGGUCAUCGGAGCAGCCACUUUUCUCUGGAACCAUCUCCGGCUCCAGCACCGGUGCUAUCGACCAGACAGUCAUUGGAGACGAUGAAAAUAUGUAUCUUUUCUUUGCAGGAGAUAAUGGAAAGAUCUACCGAGCCAGCAUGCCUAUCGACGAUUUUCCGGGUAACUUCGGCACGUCAUCGGAGAUCAUCUUAAGUGAUACGACUAACAACUUAUUUGAGGCGGUCCAAGUGUACACUGUUCAGGGCUACAAGAAAUACCUCAUGAUCGUCGAGGCGAUAGGGACAAAUGGACGAUACUUCCGCUCAUUCACGGCUGAAAGCCUGGAUGGUUCGUGGACAGUGCAAGCCGGUACUGAGAGCCAUCCAUUUGCUGGAAAGGCCAACAGUGGCGCCACCUGGACCAACGACAUUAGCCACGGCGAUCUUGUUCGCACCAACCCUGAUCAAACAAUGACUGUUGAUGUGUGCAACCUGCAACUUCUCUACCAGGGACGUAAUCCCAACGACAGCGCAGACUACAACUACCUGCCUUAUCGGCCAGGCGUGCUGACACUGAAACAAUAA